UUAAACCAGGGCGGAACCCCAUGUUUGUAGUCCACUCCUGCUGUUUUGACAGUGGUGCUAGCGAUUAGCACGCGGAUUUCUAUGAUCGUGAUUUGAAGGGUCCGUUAAAUGUAACAUUAAAUUCAUUCAAAAUCUGAAAGAUUACAUUUGGAGAAGAUGCAGGAUGACGCGCGCUACCUCAAACGCAAAGUGACUGCUGGCAGUCUGGAUGUCCAUCCCACAGAGAAGGCCCUUGUGGUCCACUAUGAAGUGGAGGCGUCCAUACUGGGAGAGGGUGGAGGCCAUAUGCUGGGCGAACGAAAGGAGGGACAAAAAAUUAUCCGAGUGAAAAGUCUUUCUCCGAGCACAGAUGUGGGAGCCUUGGCCAAGAAAGUGGUGGAGGAGUGUAAACUCAUCCCUCCUUCACGUUUGCCCCAGGUGGAGCAGCUCCUCUACUACUUGCAGAACAGGAAGUCGUCACCCGUCGAGGGCAAAACGGAGAAGAAAGAGAAAAGAACAGUGAAACCUAGAGAGCUGACACCGUUUGAAGGAAUGGAGUUAGAUGAGGAAGCCAGUGUCACCAGAGUGGAUGAGUACAUUGAACUGCUGUAUGAAGGCAUCCCAGAGAAGAUCAGAGGCUCCGCUCUCAUUCUGCAGCUCGCCCGCAACCCUGACAACCUGGAGGAGCUGCUACACAACGAGGCGGCUCUGGGUGCUCUGGCCAGAGUAUUGAGGGAGGACUGGAAACAGAGUGUAGAGCUGGCUACCAUCAUCAUUUACAUCUUCUUUUGCUUCUCCAGCUUCUCACAGUUUCACGGCGUGGUGAGUCAUUAUAAAAUCGGUGCGUUGUGCAUGAGUGUUGUGGAACACGAGCUGAAGAGACAUGACGUGUGGCGCGAGGAGCUGCGCAAGAAAAACAAGGCUUGCGAGUCGGCACCAGAGAACGGCUCUCUGAGAAGAGACCAGGACAAAGCUGUGAGGAAAUACCAUGGCCUUCUGUCCAAACAGGAGCAGCUGCUCAGAGUGUCUCUUUACCUCCUGCUGAACCUUGCUGAGGACACGAGGACGGAGUUAAAGAUGAGGAAUAAAAACAUCGUUGUUCUGCUCGUCAAAGUCCUUGAGCGGGAUGACGAGGAGCUGCUGGUCCUGGUGGUUUCCUUCCUCAAAAAACUGUCCAUCUUCCUGGAGAACAAGAAUGAUAUGGCUGAGGUGGAUACUGUGGAGAGAUUGGCUUGUCUGGUCCCCUGUGACCAUGAAGACCUGUUGAACCUGACUCUGCGUCUGCUGCUCAACCUCUCCUUUGACUCUGGACUCCGAGCCAAGAUGGUGGAAGUUGGACUGUUACCUAAAUUAACGGCUUUGUUGGGUGAUGAGAACAAUCGUCAGGUUGCCAUGCGUAUCCUGUAUCACAUCAGCAUCGACGACCGCUUUAAGGGCAUGUUUGUUUACACUGACUGCAUACCUCAGCUAAUGCAGAUGCUGUAUGAGCACGGUGAGGAGGAAACCGAAGCUGAGCUCAUCUCCAUCUGCAUCAACCUGGCUGCAAACAAAAGGAACGCACAGCUCAUGUGUGAAGGAAAUGGGUUGAAGAUGCUGAUGAAGAGAGCUCUGAAGCUGAAAGACUGCCUCCUGAUGAAGAUGAUCAGAAACAUCUCUCAACAUGACGGACAGACCAAACCAGUGUUCAUAGACUAUGUUGGUGACCUGGCAGCAGAGAUCCGGGCAGAGGAAGAGGAGGAGUGGCUUCUGGAGUGUCUCGGGACGCUGGCCAACCUCACCAUCCCUGACCUGGACUGGGAGUUGGUGCUGAAGGAGUACAACCUGGUACCCUACCUCAAAGACAGACUUAAACCAGGCUCAGCAGAGGAUGACCUCAUCCUGGAGGUGGUGAUUAUGAUCGGAACAGUUUCCAUGGAUGACGCCUGUGCUGCCAUGUUGGCGAAAUCUGGCAUUAUUCCUGCCCUUAUCGAGCUGCUGAAUGCCCAACAGGAGGACGAUGAGUUUGUGUGCCAGAUCGUCUACGUCUUCUAUCAGAUGGUGUUUCACCAAGCUACACGAGACGUCAUCAUCAAAGACACCCAGGCUCCAGCCUACCUGAUAGACCUGAUGCAUGACAAGAAUGCUGAGAUCCGAAAAGUGUGCGACAACACCCUCGAUAUUAUUGCUGAGUACGAUGAGGAGUGGGGGAGGAAAAUUCAGUCUGAGAAGUUCCGUUUCCAUAACAACCAGUGGUUGGAGAUGGUCGAGAGUCGCCAGGCUGACGAGUCUGAACCGUAUCUCUACGAUAAUGAUGAGAGGACUGAUCUAUUCUACAGCGCAGAUGGAAUAACUCCUGCAGACGGUUCAGUCAGCCCAGAUUUCUUCAAUGACCUACAGGCUCAAAAUGGAGACGUGCACCAUACCAGGGUGAAUGGCAGCGAUGUCUUCGACCAGACCAGCUCAUCACCCGGACGACCAGCUACCGCCUACGGCUUCAGACCUGAUGAACAGCCCUUCUAUCAGUACACAUAGACACACACAGGACGUCCUGUCAUCUUAGACCCAUUCCCCAUCCACCUCCUGCAUGUCCACCACCAUUCCACAUCUUCAGAUCCAAUUUCACUGCUAGAAUCCCUCAUGACUGAAGGCUUUACGUUGCUAUAGUUAGACAUUGACCAUAAAGGCUGAAACACUACCACUGCAGAUGUUCAACGAGUUAUUACAUUAGUCACCUUUCAUUACUCAUUUCAACCAUUCACCAUUAUGUAAAAGGAGUACCGGUAGUCUUCCUUACACACUGGCUACCGUCUUCUUAUAGUGACUUCCCAGUGGGUCAGCUUUUAAUUUAAUGUGAAGAGACUUAACAUUUCUAAUAUAUGUUUGUAAGUUUUUGCAUGUUUUUCCUAUGUAAUAAUGAAUAUUGCUUCUUCAAAUCCACUGAAAGAAACGAUUAGUCAAAUGUUACAUUUUCCUGUUUGAGACCCAACAGUUUGACUCCUCUAUCACUAUGUCUACGUGCUAACCUACAAUAUGCUGUUGAAUACAAGAAGAAUCUGUGGGAUUAUUGUAACUCACCACUGUUCCGAGGGCUGACUUUCCUUUGAUGAGGAAAGUAUAACCACAGAUUGAGCAGCAGCGUUAGGACACGGGGUCAAAUUCAAGAUGAAAAUUCAAAAAAGCAAACUCGGUGUGAAAGUGGCUCAAAACUGUUGCCUCAAAAUUGAAGCUUAGCACCAGCAUAUGGCUCCUCCUGGUGCCCACCGCUCAGUGUGCUGUAUAUUUUACUGAUGUCAACCCAUAACAUUUCCAACAAUGCAGUAUGUCACUCCAUAAUAACAUGAUGUAAGUGAUCUGUCACUAGCCCUAACCCAAACACCAAGCCCCCAGGAAGCCUUUGAAGAUUUUCAUCGUGGUCAAACCGUGGAAGUACAACUUCUGGGUCCGUCAUGUGAUACCUCUGGGCCCAAAAAGCCCUUCCCCAUAGACUUACACUGGGAAAGAGACAUUUAUAAGUUUUAAACAUCUUCCCAGUACAAACCCUUAUGUAGCCCUCAUUUAAAUCAGUAUGUCCUACAAGUUGUAAAAUGCACUAAUAGCUGAAACCAGAUGUAUUCUUCCUCCGUUCAUGUGAAUGAGCCCGAGGCCGAGCAGCUGGCAGGAUGAAUUGCAUGAAACACUAGUGCGCUUGCUUUAUGGGAAAAUGGAUGUGGAAGGUCUGGCUAAUUCUAUUCUCUAAUUCUGUCCAGCUGAUCUUUGUGGAUGGAGUCAGUUGCAGACUUGCAUGUUCGGUUGGAUGGUGCACUGUGUCCUCCUCUUAAAUGUCUAAUGACAAAAGUCAAAAUUAAUUAAAAAAAGAUCGAUGCAAUCAUCUCUAGAAUUUCAUUCCAUGUUUUUAUCCUACGCAAUAGUCUGCUUCAAUCCAUAUUUGUUGGUGUUUAGCCUUUCAAAAUCCUUUUCACUGUGGUCAGAAACUCUUUACUCUCCAGAACACACCUGCUUUACCGUUGUGGUCUGGCAGCAAUCUAAUGGCACCAUAAAUGACAUUUAUACAACCACAAUAACACAAAAUCAGACAUAUGCUAGCAUGUUGUAACCUUUUUGAUACGCUACAAGAAUGUGGUGAGGCAUAGAGAAAGCAAGACAACGAGAGACUGAAUAUACAGCAAAAUUCAAAGCUUUGCUUAAUUGAAUAUGGUUGUGCUAUUGUUGACACGUCUCGUCAUAUUGCCCAGGCCUAAUGUGGAUCUUAUUAUUCUGCGCAUCCUGUUCUGACAUAAUGAAUGUCAACAUUAUUGGUAUGAUUUUUAUGUGACAAGUAUAAUUUUAAAAAAUUGUGACUCGAUUCUCGCCAAUUUAAAUCCCAGUUUGGUUAAGUGAAUAAAUAAUGUACCCUCAAGCAGGGCUCCUACUGCUAGACAACAGAGCAUGUCUGAAUGUAUACAUGUGAAUCAGAGUAGUAUAGAUUCUUUUUCUUUUUUUUUUUUUUAUUAACCACAUGCAGUGUUACUUAUAGGCAUAUUUGCACAUAUAGUUUUGAUGCAUGGUUAUGUUUUGUUUUUUAUUGUUUAAAUUAUUGUUAAUCUGUAUAUUGUGUUUUUUACAAUAGUACUUAAAAAGACACUGUAAACAUAGUACUGGACUAUACAUACACUCCAUCUCUCUCACUGUCUUUCAUCCUCAGGUUCUUUAAUAAUAAAUAAAUCCCACAUUUCAUAAGA